GAGGCGGACGGCGGGUGGCGGGCGCGCGUCCCGGGGCUGGCACGAGCCCGCGGACGGGCCUGGGCGGGGAACUCCGGGGACGCGCGGCCCGGCGCCGCGGGCUCUGGCUCGGGUUCGGGGCUCGGUGCGCGUGGCCGGCCGGGCUUGGCUUGCGGGCGACAGAGGAGUGCGGCCCGGCCCGGGACCCGCGGGUUCUGCGGGGAAAGGAUUGUUCUUUGGGGAGUGGCGCUUAUUGGCCGCCACUGUCCUAGUUUUAAAGCUUUGCCUUUGGGGUUUUCUGCACAGAUUGCAGCUUUCUGCUGGGGUUUUGGGAUGUCAGGGCGUUUUAGUGCUGGGUGUCAGAGGUGACCCAUGGUGUGGUCGUGAGGAGCCCCUGCAGCACCUGCUGGGCUGUGGCAGAGGAGGCUGUGUCUGGGGUGGGACGGCGAAACGAAACGUGACUGAGAUCCUGUUUGGAUAUUCUGCUGAAGUUGUCACGUUUCUGUCCUGUACACCAGUUCACACAGCAAGUUGAUAAACCCAGUUGUAGUAUUCGGUGAUGCAAGGUGUUUGCCUCACAAGUAGACCUGGGGUGAUGUGGCUUGGCUGAGAAUGUUUGGGAUAUCCCAAGCAUCUGUCUCCAGCGUAUCUCCUUGGCUGGCUCAUCUUUUUCUCUAUUCUAGUAUCGGAAUAAUGUUGCGGUAUCACAGGCCUGAUACCGAGAAGUGUUUUCAAAAGAGCACAGGUCCAGGUGGACAGGUAGGUAGGCUGGGAGAAUAGCCCUUGAAAACCAGGUGCCCGCACGGUUUUUGAGUUGUGAUGCCUUAGAUUGAAAGAAAGCCCAAUAGAUGAUGGCAUCAAUAAGGUUUGUGGUUCGAAUUCUCUUAAAGCAUAUUUGAGCGGAAACACUAUCACAUAAAGCAAUCUUAUGUUCAUUCGUAUGUAUCUUUUGAUGUGUCUUGGAUUUUAAUAGCUGGGGUCUAUUUUAAAUGGAACACAUAUAUUUGUGUUCUGCUUUAUCUUGGAGACAACCCUGAGUCAUGCUUUCUAGAAGUUCCGAGAGCUCACGUGUCUGUUCUGUCUGUCAGUGCUGGGACAUCUUUACGUUUAGUUUUUCCUAUUGUAGUCGCUGUGGGAACUCCUGGGAAGAGCACAGGCUCCCUUUCACCUCCAUGUUUGCCCACUGUGCCCGACUUUACCGCUCAAAUUUUGCUUAUGCUUCUAGGAGUAAAGAGCCAUUUAUCAGGUUCUUACUGUCCGCUGGAAGACCGCACAGUGACUUCAGAACUCCGUUCCUUUUCACUGCCCCAUCAGCCCGUUUUACCUAUGCUGUGUUUACUUUUGGGAAGGUCAUAAUAACCCAUUUUAGUGGAAACUGAGGGGAAGUGGAAUUUCAUGUUUGUUUGUUUUUAAUUUGACUCUGACAACACUUUCGCUGGAGAGUGUGUAUGCUUCUGAUUUGAUACUUUAGAAAUUUCCUAACUUCUUGUAAAAGUCUUCCUACUUUUCGCCCUUCGUCUCCUUUCUUCUAGCCCACAUGGUUGAGAGAGGGGGGGGGAAGAAAAAAAAUCAUCUCUGGUUCAGUUGUCGGUAAUUUAGCUUUAUAAUCCCAUUAUCCUUGUGCGCCUGGUGGCUUGUGCUGGCCUGCAUGUGGACUUUAACUCAGACGACUCCUUUAGAUGCCACUGAACCAAGUGCUAUAAAAAGUAUUUCACUUUCAAACUCCCACGUUUCCCAGAACAGAGAAAGUCAGUACAAAGGCAAUUUGGAAGGUCUUCUGUUGCCUGGCUUGUGGUUAUUUAAACUUCUCAUUAAGUCCUCCACUGGAUGGUUUCGGAUGGGAGAGAAGAUGAAAAGGAAAUGAAUUGUUAGCACCCCUGGGAAAGGGUUCAUUGGAAGAGACCAAAGCUGUUCUAGUGUUCCUGGUUCCUGGGCUCCUGACGGACCAGUGCUGGAGCAGAUGGAUAAUGGAGACUGGGGCUAUAUGAUGACUGACCCAGUCACGUUGAAUGUAGGCGGACACUUGUACACAACGUCCCUUACCACACUGACACGUUACCCGGAUUCCAUGCUUGGAGCUAUGUUUGGGGGGGACUUCCCCACAGCCCGAGACCCUCAAGGCAAUUACUUCAUUGAUCGAGAUGGACCUCUUUUCCGCUAUGUCCUCAACUUCUUACGAACUUCAGAAUUGACCCUCCCCCUGGAUUUUAAGGAAUUUGAUCUUCUUCGGAAAGAAGCUGACUUUUACCAGAUUGAACCCUUGAUUCAGUGUCUCAAUGACCCUAAGCCUUUGUAUCCUAUGGAUACUUUUGAAGAAGUUGUAGAGCUGUCUAGUACUCGGAAGCUUUCUAAAUAUUCCAAUCCUGUGGCCGUCAUCAUAACCCAGUUAACCAUCACCACCAAGGUCCAUUCCCUACUAGAAGGCAUCUCAAAUUAUUUCACCAAGUGGAAUAAGCACAUGAUGGACACCAGAGACUGCCAGGUUUCCUUCACCUUUGGACCAUGCGAUUAUCACCAGGAAGUUUCUCUCCGGGUCCACCUGAUGGAAUACAUUACAAAGCAAGGUUUCACAAUCCGCAAUACUCGGGUGCAUCACAUGAGCGAGCGGGCCAACGAGAACACGGUAGAGCACAACUGGACUUUCUGUAGACUGGCCCGGAAAACAGACGACUGAUUGCCAGUGCUGGGGAGGACUUCCUGUAAGCUCACGUUUGUUUGGGGACAUGGAAGAGACUGUUCUUGUUUUCUAAAUCAUAGUGUACCCCCUUUUUAAUAUUUGUAUUUAUUUGAAGGCCUCGAGGACCAGAAGGAAGUUCUGUGUGUGAGCAGCCUUCUUGUUUUGCUCCAAAUAUGCAUGUGCCUGUUCAGAGUCUCCAGAAACCUUUUUUAUAAAAAGAGAGCUGAAAAUCAUUAUGAUAUAUAAUCCACCCUUAACAGUGCUAAAAUGAUUUCUGGUAACGUGGUCCCUAACUCAACUGGAAGGCUAAAAAUACAGUAAUGAAAGAUUAAGCAGAGUAUUCAUGUCUUUGAGGAAAAUCAGAAUAUCGUGUAGGGUGUCCUCGAUUCCAGACCAAUAGGCAGUAGUGUAUUAAAGGAAGACUGGCCAAUCAUCUGCCGAUCCUUGUGAGGACUGUUUCUUUCUAUGCAUAUAAAUCAAGCAACCAAAUAUCUGUAGCCAUUGAAAUGUCUGACUAGAAAUAUUUAUAUUGGAUUCUCAAUACAAAAUGUCCCUGUGGUAGAAACCUUAUGCCUGGUACAGUUUCAUUCCCAAGUGUACUGUCUACCAGGAAAGAAAAAUCUAAUAAAAAAUGGAGUAUGAACAUUAAGGGUUGUAUUUAUUGCUAUAUAAGGGGAAAGUCAUAUUCUCUGUCAAAAGUAUGCAUUGCUUGUGUCUCAAACUGCUUAUAGCACAUUUGUAAUGGAGUUGCCAGAACUCAGUGGAACCUUAGAUUUUAGUUCAUAAAGCCAGCUGUGCCAUCAGAGAUAAGCAGUUUUGUCUAAAGAGUGCAAAGACAUUUUCAGAUAGGAUUUUUAGGGAAUAUUACAGGGUUUUCAACUGCCACAGCUAUGACUAUGACUCACUCCAGCUUCUGAUGCAUGUGGGGGACAAAAUGACUCUAGCCAUCUUAUUCUUAUGUAUUGUGGUAGCCACAAAUGUAUGUUUGUCAGACAUAAGUUCAACUCUGAGAAGAAAUAAAUUGCAGUGAAGGAUCGGAAAUAAGAGAAAAUGUAUGUACAUUUGCUUAUUUCAUUGUUGUCUUGUUUCAGAGUUGAUAGAAUUCUGUUGCUUGAAAGUUACUCAUAGGGGGCUGGAGAGAUGGCUCAGAGGUUAAGAGCAUUGCCUGCUCUUCCAAAGGUCCUGAGUUCAAUUCCCAGCAACCACAUGGUAGCUCACAGCCAUCUGUAAUGGGGUCUGGUGCCCUCUUCUGGCCUGCAGGUAUACACACAGACAGACUAUUGUAUACAUAAUAAAUAAAUAAAUAAAUAUUUAAAAAAAAAAAAAAGAAAGUUACUCAUAGGAAGGAGUGUGUUAAUUACGGUGAGACUUUCUAGUUUGUGAGCAUCGGAUAAAAACGCCCCUGCUUUAAGGGAAUAGUGAACUUCUGUGGUUUUGGCCUUAUGGAGACGAAACACUCUUUUCCUCUUCUCUGAGACUAUUCCAAGAUUCCCCCUUUGGAAGGAAGAUUAAAAUAUUUACUUAUAUAUCUCUUUGAAAAUUUAAGAUUUGACAAAUUACACACACACACACACACACACACACACACACAUACACACACACACAAGAAGCCCGUAGUUAUCUCAUCUUCAAACAAGGAUUCUUCAAUAUUGUCGACAGGUUGCUGUAGUUUCAUUGUAUUGAUGGACAGGUGAGAAGAGGCUACUGUUAGAAACAUUGGCUCCUGUUGUAAAUUGAUCUGUAGUUUCCUAAUAAAGACCCAGAUCAGUCCUGUGCUAUGGAGCUAGCUGAAGCCAACAUGAAGUAAGAUGAUUUGGGUUCAGAACUCUUGUGGAGGGCUCUUGGUUAAGACCACUUGUUGCUCUUGCAUAGGAAUUUGAUGCCCAACACCUACAUCACCGGCUCACAACUGCCUGUAACGCCAGCUCUAGUUAAAUAUAUAUAUAUAUUUUAAAGUUGUAAAAGUAGGAGUAAUACUAGUUUUAAGUUUAGGAAAAAGGAAAACUUCUGAAUUUUCUUCCUUGUCCCCAUUCUCCCUAAAGGGAAGGUUGCUUUUGGCAAAUUUUCUCUGGUUUACUAAUUAUUAGCAGGUAAAUGAUUGCUUAUUUGAAUAAAAGCAGCCAGCAGGAUUUUUAAGGCUUUUUUGUUUUUUCCCUCACUCCUGGGGAUCGACCUGGGUAUUAUUCAUGUUAGGUAAGUGCUUGUCACUUAGCUGCAGUCCAUGCUGUAACUGUUUUAUGUUGUUGUGGAGUUGAAAAUGAAAUGAAAAACAUCAUUUGGAGGGGCUGGAGAGAUAGCUCAGAGGUUAAGAGCACUGGCUGCUCUUCCAGAGGUUAGGGGUUCACUUCCCAGCAACCACAUGGUGGCUCACAACCAUGUAUAAUGAGAUCUGGUGCCCUCUUUUGGCCUGC